CUUUGGUGUAAAUAUACGGUCAGAUUACAUGUGUCCACCCUGCGUCCAUUUCACAUCCAUGAAGUAAACAUCAACCAGGAACAAGCUUUGUAAAAGAGAGAUAGAGCCGCGGGUGGCUCCAACUUUCCUUCCAUUUUAUCUUCACAUCCCUCAUUCUCUCCCAUUCUCCACACGAUCUUCCCUCCCCAUCUUUCUCUCUCUUUUGUCACACUUCAUACUUACAACUACAUGCUUUUGUUCUUCUAGCCUUUGCGUCUGUUAUUAGCAUGUCUCUUCAGUCUGUAGCUCACGUUAAUGGCUACUAUCUAAAACCCACUUCUGUUUUCGCCACCAAAAGAGACUUUUUGUUUCUAGAUUUUGUGGGUUUAGGCGCUAAACGAAGUAAUCGGAGAUUACUUGGAGCUGGUGCGAGUGCUCUCAAGAGUGUUGGAGGGUUCCCGAAGAACAGGAACUGGUCGUGUUCGAUCAAAUCGGUUCUCGAUUUUGAUCGUGUUGAUCAUGUGGACGCCCAGCAACCUUCUGAUUCCAAACGGAAGGUUGCAAAUUUGGAAGAAAUAUUAGCAGAAAAAGGGGAGUGUGGAGUUGGGUUUAUAGCUAAUUUGGACAACAAGGGUUCGCAUCAGAUAGUUGAAGAUGCACUCACAGCUCUUGGCUGCAUGGAACAUCGGGGAGGUUGUGGGGCAGAUAAUGAUUCCGGUGAUGGUUCGGGGUUGAUGACUUCAAUUCCAUGGGAGUUUUUUAAUGAUUGGGCUGAAAAACAAGGGAUUUCCCCCUUCGAUCAAUUGCAUACAGGAGUUGGAAUGGUUUUCCUUCCAACGGAUGAAACCCUUAUGGAACAAGCCAAAUCCAUUAUUGUAAAUAUCUUCAAUCAAGAGGGUCUUGAGGUGCUUGCAUGGAGGUCUGUUCCCAUAAACGCCCCUAUUGUUGGUUUCUACGCAAGAGAAACCAUGCCAAAUAUACAACAAGUUUUUGUUAAAAUCAACAAAGAAGAUGACAUUGAUGAUAUCGAAAGAGAACUUUAUAUAUGUCGCAAGUUGAUUGAAAGGGCAGUUAGUUCAGAAACAUGGGGAAGUGAACUUUAUUUCUGUUCAUUAUCAAAUCGAACCAUAGUUUAUAAAGGAAUGCUUCGUUCAGAGGUUCUUGGAAAAUUUUACUAUGAUCUCCAAAGUGAUAUUUAUAAAUCCCCUUUUGCCAUUUAUCACCGAAGAUACAGCACAAAUACAAGUCCUAGGUGGCCUCUUGCUCAACCCAUGAGGCUUUUGGGUCAUAAUGGAGAGAUCAACACCAUACAGGGAAACUUAAACUGGAUGCAAUCUAGAGAGAACUCAUUGAAGUCACCUGUUUGGAGAGGUCGUGAAAAUGAAAUUAGGCCUUUUGGAAAUCCCAAGGCAUCUGACUCUGCAAAUCUUGAUAGUGCAGCAGAAUUGUUUAUACGAAGUGGGCGUAACCCUGAAGAAGCUAUGAUGAUUCUUGUCCCUGAGGCAUACAAGAAUCACCCAACUUUGUCAAUCAAAUAUCCCGAGGUUCUUGAUUUCUACAACUACUACAAGGGCCAAAUGGAGGCUUGGGAUGGACCUGCAUUACUCCUCUUUAGUGAUGGGAAAACAGUUGGAGCUUGUCUUGAUCGUAAUGGACUUCGCCCUGCUAGAUAUUGGAGAACUGUAGACAAUGUUGUCUAUGUUGCAUCUGAGGUUGGUGUUCUACCAAUUGAUGAUUCAAAAGUGACAAUGAAAGGGCGUCUAGGUCCAGGGAUGAUGAUAACAGUUGACCUAGUCAAUGGCCAGGUUUAUGAGAACACAGAGGUUAAAAAAAGAGUUGCUUUAUCGAAUCCUUAUGGAAAGUGGAUAUCUGAAAACAUGCGAAAGUUGGAGUCUGCAAGUUACCUCUCUGCCCCAACCAUGGAGAAUGAAACAACAUUACGCCGCCAACAGGCGUAUGGUUACUCGAGUGAGGAUGUGCAAAUGGUUAUUGAAACCAUGGCUUCAGAAGGGAAGGAGCCUACUUUUUGCAUGGGAGAUGAUAUUCCUUUAGCUGUAUUAUCUCAGAAGUCACAUAUGCUUUAUGAUUAUUUCAAGCAACGGUUUGCUCAGGUUACAAAUCCUGCAAUUGAUCCACUUAGAGAAGGAUUAGUCAUGUCUCUUGAAGUCAAUCUUGGUAAGCGUGGCAACAUAUUAGAGGUUGGACCCGAAAAUGCCUCUCAGGUGACUUUGUCCAAUCCUGUACUCAAUGAAGGGGAGCUUGAAUUAUUAUUUAAAGAUCCGUAUUUGAAAGCUCAAAUUAUACCAACAUUUUUUGACAUACGAAAGGGUCUUGAUGGAUCCUUGGAAAAGACACUGAAUAAGCUCUGUGAAGCAGCUGAUGAAGCUGUUAGAAAUGGUUGCCAGCUACUUGUCCUCUCUGACAGAUCUGAUGAACUAGAAGCCACACGUCCUGCUAUUCCAAUACUGCUUGCAGUAGGUGCAGUCCACCAACAUUUGAUACAGAAUGGACUGAGAAUGUCUGCAUCUAUUGUUGCUGACACUGCUCAAUGCUUCAGUACACAUCACUUUGCUUGUUUGAUUGGAUAUGGUGCAAGUGCUGUGUGUCCUUACUUGGCAUUAGAGACAUGUAGACAGUGGCGAUUGAGCAAGAAAACUUUGAACCUUAUGAGGAAUGGAAAGAUGCAAAUGGUUACAAUUGAAAAAGCUCAAAAUAACUUCCGCAAGGCUGUUAAUUCUGGUUUAAUGAAAAUUUUAUCCAAAAUGGGAAUUUCCUUGUUGUCAAGUUAUUGUGGUGCACAGAUAUUUGAGAUUUAUGGAUUGGGUCAAGAUGUCGUUGAUUUUGCUUUUUCUGGGAGUGUCUCAAAGAUCGGUGGAUUAACUUUUGAUGAGCUUGCAAGAGAGAGUCUAUCAUUUUGGGUAAAGGCUUUUUCAGAGGACACAGCUAAAAGACUUGAAAAUUUUGGAUUUAUACAAAUGAGACCAGGAGGUGAAUAUCAUGGUAACAACCCGGAGAUGUCAAAACUACUUCAUAAAGCAGUUCGUGAGAAGCGUGAGAGUGCAUAUUCAGUCUACCAACAGCAUCUUGCAAACAGACCUGUCAAUGUGAUUCGUGAUCUUUUUGAGUUUAAAAGCGAGCGAUCUCCGAUUCCAGUUGGAAAGGUGGAAUCCGCUGCAUCAAUUGUUGAACGUUUCUGUACAGGUGGCAUGUCUCUCGGGGCUAUAUCCCGUGAAACCCAUGAAGCAAUCGCCAUUGCAAUGAACCGAAUAGGCGGAAAGUCCAAUUCCGGAGAAGGUGGUGAGGAUCCGAUUCGGUGGACCCCACUUUCGGAUGUGGUUGAUGGAUACUCACCCACACUGCCACAUCUUAAAGGUCUUCAGAACGGGGAUACGGCUACAAGUGCCAUAAAACAGGUGGCAUCAGGGCGAUUUGGUGUGACUCCAACUUUUUUAGUAAAUGCUGAUCAGAUUGAAAUUAAAAUUGCACAAGGUGCAAAACCGGGUGAAGGUGGUCAAUUACCAGGGAAGAAAGUCAGUGCGUAUAUUGCAAGGUUGAGAAAUUCCAAACCGGGGGUCCCGCUUAUUUCUCCGCCACCUCAUCAUGAUAUUUACUCUAUUGAAGAUCUUGCUCAAUUGAUUUUUGACCUUCAUCAGAUUAAUCCAAAGGCUAAGGUUUCGGUCAAGCUGGUGGCAGAAGCGGGAAUUGGCACGGUGGCUUCUGGAGUUGCAAAGGGUAAUGCUGAUGUUAUUCAGAUAUCAGGACAUGAUGGUGGAACUGGAGCCAGUCCAAUAAGUUCAAUCAAGCAUGCUGGUGGUCCUUGGGAACUUGGACUCACAGAAACACACCAGACUCUGAUAUCAAAUGGUCUAAGAGAAAGAGUGAUUCUUAGAGUUGAUGGUGGGUUUAAAAGUGGAGUAGAUGUUCUUAUGGCUGCUGCAAUGGGUGCAGAUGAAUAUGGAUUUGGUUCAGUUGCAAUGAUUGCAACCGGAUGUGUCAUGGCCCGCAUUUGCCACACCAAUAACUGUCCAGUUGGCGUUGCCAGUCAGAGAGAAGAGCUACGUGCUCGUUUUCCUGGUGUACCUGGUGAUCUUGUGAACUACUUUUUGUAUGUUGCUGAGGAGGUUAGAAGCACAUUGGCUCAACUGGGAUACGAAAAGCUUGAUGACAUUAUCGGACACACAGAGCUAUUAAGACCUCGAGAUAUCUCCUUAGUCAAAACUCAGCAUCUUGAUCUUAGCUACAUGCUUUCUAAUGUUGGGUUCCCAAAAUGGAGCAGCACCACCAUCAGAAAGCAGGAGGUGCAUAGUAACGGCCCUGUUCUUGAUGACAUUAUUCUUUCUGACAUUGAGAUAUCAGAUGCAAUUGAAAAUGAAAAAGUGGUAAACAAAACCUUCAAGAUAUACAAUGUGGAUCGUGCUGUUUGUGGGCGUUUAGCAGGUGCUGUUGCUAAAAGAUAUGGAGAUACCGGUUUUGCAGGGCAGCUCAACAUAACAUUUGAAGGGAGUGCUGGACAAUCAUUUGGAUGUUUCCUUACACCAGGAAUGAACAUACUACUAGUAGGAGAAGCAAAUGACUACGUGGGAAAGGGUAUGGCUGGAGGUGAACUGGUUGUGAAGCCUGUUGAAAAUACCGGUUUUGUCCCUGAGGAAGCUGCAAUUGUAGGGAACACAUGCUUAUAUGGAGCCACAGGCGGUCAACUUUUUGUCAGAGGCAAAACCGGGGAGCGGUUUGCGGUCAGAAACUCACUUGCUCAGGCGGUGGUGGAAGGGACCGGUGAUCAUUGUUGUGAGUACAUGACAGGCGGUUGUGUUGUUGUCCUUGGAAAAGUUGGAAGAAACGUGGCAGCUGGAAUGACUGGAGGUUUGGCAUAUAUUCUUGAUGACGAUGAUACCCUCAUUCCCAAGAUAAAUAAAGAGAUUGUGAAGAUUCAGAGAGUGGUUGCACCUGUGGGCCAGAUGCAACUCAAAAGCCUUAUCGAAGCACAUGUUGAAAAAACCGGGAGCACAAAAGGUGCUACUAUCUUGAAAGAAUGGGACAAAUAUUUGCCCCUGUUUUGGCAGUUGGUGCCACCAAGUGAGGAAGACACACCCGAGGCUUGUGCUGAGUAUGAGCAAACAGCCACUGGCCAGAUGACACUGAGUGAUUUACAGGCUUCACCUUCACUAGUGGAAGAUUAA